CGUGCGCGGCAGCAGUUGGGAUCUUUGCUCUUGCUCAUAUUACAGGGAGCGAUCGGCUGCAAGAAAGAAGACGUCCUAUAAACAUAUGGGAAAUUAUAAGUCCAGGCCGACCCAGACCUGCACGGAUGAGUGGAAGAAAAAGGUGAGCGAGUCCUAUCAGGUGAUCGCGGAGCGGCUGGAGGAUGACCUUCACAUUAAAGAGGUGGAGCACGCUGAGCUUCAGCUGGUUUUCAGCUCAGACGAAGCCUUUGGCAAAGUCAAUUUAAACUAUCGAACAGAGAAUGGCCUAUCUCUCCUUCACUUGUGCUGUAUCUGCGGCGGUAAUAAGUCCCAUAUUAGAACGCUGAUGCUGAAAGGCUUACGUCCGUCCAGACUGACUAAGAAUGGCUUUACCGCUCUCCAUAUGGCGGCAUACAAGGACAACUCGGAGAUACUUACGGCAUUACUACACGGUGGAGCAGAUAUUCAGCAGGUUGGCUAUGGCGCACUCACCGCACUCCACAUUGCAACGAUUGCGGGAAAUCACGAGGCAGUCGACAUUUUAUUACAACACGGGGCAUAUGUCAACGUUCAGGACGCAGUAUUCUUUACCCCAUUACACAUUGCCGCGUACAACGGGCAUGAGCAGGUCACUCGUCUUCUCUUGAAAUUUGGUGCAGAUGUUAAUAUGAGUGGAGAGGUCGGAGACAGACCCCUGCACCUUGCCUCAGCCAAGGGAUAUCUCACAAUCACAAAAUUAUUAAUGGAAGAAGGUACCAAGACAGAUGUCAAUGCCCAAGAUAAUGAAGAUCACGUUCCGCUUCAUUUCUGCUCCCGAUUCGGGCACCAUGAAAUUGUCAGAUAUCUUCUGCAGAAUAACUCUGAUUUGCAGCCCCACGUGAUGAAUAUAUAUGGGGACACGUCCUUACACCUCGCCUGUUACAAUGGAAAGUUUGAAGUGGUGAAGGAAUUAAUUCAGCUGUCAGGUACGGAGAGUCUGACGAAGGAAAACAUUUUCAGUGAAACAGCUUUUCAUAGCGCAUGCACAUACGGCAAAAAUCUGGAGCUCAUUAAAUUUCUUCUUGAUCAAAACGUCCUCAACAUCAACCACCAGGGUAGAGAUGGACAUACAGGAUUACACUGCGCGUGCUACCACGGCCACAUACGGCUGGUUCAGUUCUUGCUCGACAACGGAGCCGACAUGAACCUCGUCGCCAGCGAUCCCAGUAAAUCGAGCGGGGAAAAGGAUGAACAGACGUGCCUAAUGUGGGCUUACGAAAAAGGUCACGACGGCAUCGUUACCCUGCUGAAGCAUUACAAGCGGCCUCAGGAAGAAUCUCCCUGUAAUGAGUACUCGCAGCCCGGUGGAGAUGGCUCCUACGUAUCCGUCCCAUCUCCUCUCGGGAAGAUUAAAAGCUUGACAAAAGAGAAAGCCGACGUCCUCCUCCUGCGUGCCAGCCUGCCCUCGCACUUUCACCUUCAGAUGUCAGAAAUAGAAUUUCACGAAAUAAUUGGAUCAGGGUCAUUCGGGAAAGUAUACAAAGGAAGAUGCAGAAAUAAAAUCGUCGCCAUUAAGAGAUACCGAGCCAACACUUACUGCUCCAAAUCCGACGUGGACAUGUUCUGCCGGGAGGUCUCCAUACUGUGCCGCCUCAAUCACCCGUGCAUCAUUCAGUUUGUUGGUGCCUGUUUGGAUGACCCCAGUCAGUUUGCUAUAGUGACUCAGUACGUCUCGGGAGGAUCGUUAUUUUCUCUUCUCCAUGAGCAGAAAAGGAACCUUGACUUGCAAUCAAAGUUGAUUAUCGCUGUGGAUGUGGCCAAAGGCAUGGAGUAUCUCCACAACCUGACCUACCCCAUCAUCCACCGGGAUCUGAACAGUCACAACAUCCUGCUGUAUGAGGACGGUCAUGCUGUAGUCGCUGACUUUGGAGAAUCAAGAUUUCUUCAGUCAAUGGAUGAGGACAACAUGACCAAGCAGCCCGGGAACCUUCGAUGGAUGGCUCCAGAAGUCUUCAGUCAGUCCACCCGGUAUACCAUCAAGGCCGACGUGUUCAGCUAUGCUUUGUGUCUCUGGGAGCUGCUAACCGGAGAAAUCCCUUUCGCCCAUUUAAAGCCAGCUGCUGCAGCGGCAGACAUGGCUUAUCAUCAUAUCCGACCACCUAUAGGAUAUUCUAUACCCAAGCCCAUAUCGUCUCUGCUGAUGAGAGGAUGGAACGCAUGCCCUGAAGGAAGGCCGGAGUUCUCAGAAGUUGUGUCCAAGUUAGAAGAAUGUCUCUGCAACAUUGAGCUGAUGUCUCCAGGAUCUAGUAACAGCAGCGGUUCACUUUCACCGUCUGCCUCAUCGGACUGCCUGGUCGCCCACGGUGGCCCUGGACGUAGCCACGUAGCGGCUCUUCGUUCUCGCUUUGAGUUGGAGUAUGCCUUAAAUUCGAGAGCCUACUCAGCCUGGCCUCAGAGCACAGACGCUGCCCCUAGACAUGGUCUGACCUUAGAACAAAUGAGGAAAAGUUUCCAGUACCCACCAAUAGACAAGAAUGGUUAUGUGUCUGAUCCCAUGAGCACAAUGCGAUUUCAUUCUUGCUGCAGGAGCAGCAGUUUCGAAGACAGUAACUGACAGAUGGAGCCGUUACUGGCUGUGACGAUAUCCCGGUAAAAGGGCGAGCACACCGCCACCUGAUAGCCCGGAGGGAAGUGUUUACACGCGACAGUCAUCUUUUUUUAUUUACGUUGGAUAAUUCAUCUUUAUGGUUUUGUUUUGCUCUUGUUUCAUUACAUGAUAUGGCUGUAAGCUUUUAUCAAGUGUAACCUGGCGAAAAUAAAAUAAAAUACAA